UCUCACGGUAACGGAUCUCUUUGACCGCCAUAGAUUCGGUUUCUCCUCCUCUGUCCCUCACACAUCAAUACUACCUGCAACACUUCACUGAGACAAACAACAAUUUACCCGGGAAUGAUUCAUUUUUUUCUUUCUCAGACUUUAGAUUAAACUCAUGGUGAUCGCCGAGUGCGCCUGGGGGUCGCUGCCCGGCGUCGUGUUACCUUCCUCGGGGCACCAUGGGCUCGUAAGAUGCCUUCGCUGUGGAAACGGAUAACGUUCUCGGUGGCCUCGGUGCUCUGUGUCGGCUCGGUGGUGCUCUUGGUCGUGGCCCUGUCCACGGAGCGGUGGGUCACCGGACGGAUCCUGUGCAAAACCGGGGCGGAGAUAGUGAACGCGUCCCACCCGGAGCUGGAGCAGUUCAUCGGGGACAUUUACUACGGCUUGUUCCAGGGAGGGAAGACCAAGAAGUGCGGACUGGGCAACAGGCGCUCCAAAAUAUACAUUUUCCCAAAGCUUGUGCGGAAGAUAAAUGGCGGGCUCCACAUGAUGGUUAUCCUCUUCCUGCUGGUGGCUGUGGGCUUUGCGUUGGUCAGUCUGUCUUUCUGCAUUUACAACGCACGCAAGGUUCCCUACCAGAGCAUUAAAGGGCACAAAGGACUCUACCUGUGGAACUUCACAGCUGCUCUCUUCGGAGCCCUGGGCGUGCUGUGUUUCCUGGCAGCCGUGAGGCACCACAGUCUGACCGAGCUGAUUGCCAAUCAUCGGGAGAACCUCUUUGUACUGGUUGUUCUGGACGACAGUCUGGACUGGUCCUUCUGGCUUGGUGUGGGCAGCAUUGCAACUCACUUUGCCGUCUGUGGAGUGGUUGCCAUGAGCCGGAUCAAAUUGCCCAAACCGGAGAUCAAGAAACCCGAAGAACCCACGAUCUCUGCUCUGGACCUGCUCUACUGAAGGACAACACGAGGAGGAUUUACAUCACUGAUGGCUGACUGGAGGGAACCACAAUGACUGACAGCAGAGUGAAACCAACACUGUGCCAGUGCCCCUCAGUCUUGACACUGUGUAUGAGUGCAAAGAGUGCUGCAUCACAAACUUGCCCUUUGCAUUCUGGACAUCCUGUGCUGCAUAUAUUCUGUUUAAAUCUGUAAAAUGUAAAUACAUCUUUUUUUUAAUUAUAUGUAUAGAAUGUCAUUAACUGAUCUGUGUUUCAGUCACUUUAAGCCCCUUCAUGAAGGACUGAAGUUUUAUACAGUAUUUAUUCUUAAUCCCUUAUUGAAAGUGUACUACUGUGCAUGAAUAAUGAUUUAUUUCACAGAGAGCUGUGGGCUUGUGUGCUAAAUGUAAAGUAUAUGAUCCUCCAUAAACAAAAAUAUUUGCUGUAAUGCCUUGAUUUUUAUUUACUUUAUCUUGAUCAUAAAAAGGUCCUCACAUCUGAGAAAUUUAGCUGUUAUUGGGGUGAAUGAGAACGGUUGGGAAAAGCCAUUUUGCAUUUAUUACAUGUGUUAGAUCGGUUAUAAUCUCCUGGAUAUUAAUAAACUUGUGACGAACAUUUACAGAAAACAUCAAUUAAAC